AUGCCCGUAACCGCCGAGCGAACUCUUCUGGACAAGGGAUGGUCUUUCAAAAAGACAACAGAUGAUGACGACUCGUGGAAACCCGUGGCUCGAGUGCCCACUGUCGCUCAUCUAGACCUUCUGGAUAAUGGACUAAUUUCCGAUCCAUUUCUCGACAUGAAUGAGCUCGAUGCCGAAUGGGUUGGGGAAACAGCAUGGACUUACCGUACAGUUUUCGACUCCCCGUCAAUCGAUGGUGCUGCUGUGUACUUGAUCUUCGACGGUCUUGAUACAUUUGCUCAAGUCUCGCUCAACGAUACCAUCAUUCUCGAGAGCGAUAACAUGUUCCUCAGCCAUCGAGUCAACAUCACAAAGCAUCUCCAAAGCAAUGAACCCAACACGCUUAUCAUCAACUUUGAAAGUGCGCUACUUAAAGGCCGAGAACUUCAGAAGCAGUAUCCAGGCCAUCGAUGGGAACUGUUCAACGGGGAGGAUUCUCGCCUAGCUGUGAGAAAAGCACAAUAUCACUGGGGAUGGGACUGGGGUCCAUUUCUCAUGACUUCUGGCCCUUGGAGACCUGUUCGUCUCGAGGUAGUUUCUGCUUCCAUCAAUGACAUGCUCAUCAAGUACGACGUUUCUCAAGAUCUCAAAAGUAUUCAGGGUACAAUAGAGCUCGAGGUUGAAGGGUCGUUCGACAAAGCCGAUAUAUGUAUCUCAUUGGAGGGGAGUUCUGUUUUCACUACGUCAGUAGACGGGUCUUCAGAAAGCCGUCUCGUUAUUCCUUUUCACAUUGAUGGCCCCAAGCUUUGGUACCCUGCCGGGUAUGGACCUCAGUCAAUGUACAGUGUGACUGCCACGAUCGCUCUAGACGGUCAGCAACUUGACAAAAGAAGCAAAGAUACUGGUUUCCGCCAGAACGAACUCAUCCAAAAACACGAUUCCCAUGGUCAAUCGUUCUUCUUCCGGGUCAACAACAUCGACAUCUUCUGUGGCGGCUCUUGCUGGAUUCCAGCGGAUAGCUUUCUACCCCGAAUCACCCCUGCCAAAUAUCGAGAUUGGCUUGAACUUAUGGUAGACGGAAACCAGAUAAUGACGAGGGUUUGGGGCGGCGGUAUCUACGAAGAGGAUGCUUUCUAUGAUUGUUGCGAUGAGCUGGGCAUUCUCGUCUGGCAGGACUUUAUGUUUGCCUGCGGAAACUACCCCGUAGGACCAUCUCUUAUCAAAUCUGUCCGCAAAGAAGCAAUCCAGAAUGUUCAACGCCUACAUCAUCACCCGUCCAUCAUCAUCUACGCGGGAAACAAUGAGGAUUACCAAGUUCAGGAGUCGUGCGGCCUUGACUAUGACCCGGAAGAUGCGGAUCCUGAUUCGUGGCUCAAGUCCAACUUCCCUGCGAGAUAUUACUACGAGCACCUUUUGCCUGAGGUGGUCAAUGACAUGUCUCCCGCAGCGAUAUACUGGCCUGGGUCACCAUUCUCUCAUGGUAAAAACUCUGCGGACAAGACUGUUGGUGAUAUGCAUCAAUGGAAUGUUUGGCAUGGUACACAAGAGAAAUACCAGGUCUUUGAUACAUUGGGAGGCAGGUUCAACAGCGAGUUCGGCAUGGAGGCUUUCCCCGCUUUAUCAACAAUAAAACAGUUCAUAACGACCGAGUCCGAACGAUUUCCACAGUCUCAGACCAUGGACUUUCACAACAAGGCUGAUGGCCACGAGCGACGUAUUGCAACUUACGUCGUAGAGAAUUUUCGUCCCCUUCCAAAUCUAGAGUCUCAUCUAUAUCUUACCCAGCUCUGCCAAAGCGAGGCCAUGACUUUUGCUUACCGCAGUUGGCGUCGCCAGUGGGGUGAUGAUCGUCGUUGCGGUGGUGUUCUCGUCUGGCAGAUGAACGACUGCUGGCCUACUAUAUCCUGGUCUAUCGUUGAUUACUUCCUCCUCAAGAAACCGGCAUACUACGCGAUUCGUCGAGCUCUAAAACCCAUUGCUGCGGGAGUUCAGAGACAGCAUCAUGACUGGAGCGUUGUUCAUGCUAAACCAGCAAAAACCUCCUCAUUUAAUGCUUGGGUCACGAGUAGCGAACAAGAAGCAGUCAUUGUCACUGUGGAGGUUCGGUUUGUUUCCAUCAAAACUGGUAGUGAUAUCAGGGAUAAGGUUGUGAAGAACAUAACCUUGAUUCCUAAUGGGACUACCGACGUUUUGGAGGGGCAGAUUGAUAACACCAAAGAUCAGCCUCAUGUUAUAUCAGUCAGGGUUCUGAAAAAUGAUGUCUGUGUUUCUCAGGAUGUCGAUUGGCCUCAGCCCCUCAAGUAUCUUGACUUCUCUGACAGAGGUGUUAAGGUUGAAAGAGCACCAGAUAGGUAUUCGAUCUCGGUCGAGAGACCUACCAAAGGUUUUGUACUCGAAGAGGUGGCUGGUAUCGCUUUAGAGGAUAGCUGUAUAGAUGUUAUACCUGGCGAGACUGUGUAUAUUCAGGCAAGAGCCAAUGGGCCGUUGCCGUCAGGUCUGAAGUAUAGAUACCUUGGGAUGUAG